AACUCCAGAAAAACCACUCGGAUCCCACGCGCCGCAGCACGUGGUUCCCACGUCUCCACGCACGCGCCUCUGCUCGCUGCUCUCUGCUCUCUGCCUCCUAUAAACACAAGAACACGCCGCGUCCGCUUCCAGCAAAAUCCCCUGAAACCAAAAACCCCAUAUCUCGAUUUUGAGCUCUGAAGCUGAAGCCAUGGCGAGCCUGAUAGACAAGGCCAAGGGGUUCGUGGCGGACAAGAUCGCGCACAUGCCGAAACCGGAGGCGUCGCUGGACAGCGUCUCCUUCAAGGGCGUCAGCCGCGAGGCCCUCACCGUCCACAGCAACAUCAACGUCACCAACCCUUACUCCCACCGCAUCCCCAUCUGCGACAUCACCUUCACCCUCAAGUGCGGCGGCAAGGUUGUGGCGUCGGGGACGAUCCCGGACCCGGGUUGGAUAGAGGAGGGAGGGGAGGUGACGAAGCUGGAGGUGCCGGCCAAGGUGCCCUACGACUUCCUCAUCUCGAUCAUGAAGGACCUGGGCAGGGACUGGGACAUCGACUACGAGCUCCAGGUCGGGCUCACCAUCGACCUCCCCAUCAUCGGCAACUUCACCAUCCCGCUAUCCACCGCCGGCGAGCUCAAGAUGCCCACCUUCUCCGACUUCUUCGGCGGCGGAGGCAAGGACGACGAGGACGACAAGAAGGCCAAGGACAAGGAGUAAAUCAGCCGGGCUCUGUUUGGCACCGUGUACCAGCCUAGCUGAUCUCUCUGUUUUGCUUGAUUGCUGCUCUGCUGCUCAGCUUUGAGCUGGAUGGAUCCCUGUACUGCAUGGUCACCAAUAAUAAUUAGCGUGCGAAUGUGAUUUUGAGUUUCCCGAAUUGUCAA